GGACAGGGAGGUAACUUUGUAAAGAGUAGAGCAGAGCACAGCUGGCGAGAAGUGAGGCAGACGUCUGUGCCCGGGGCUCCUGACCUGAGGACCCCUUCUCCAUAACCAAGUGCCUGUAUCUCUGCUCCCAACAUGGCCAAACCGCAUGCAGAUGCCUCCAGAGAACACACGACGAUUAGAAGUGAAGCGGCCCCCGGAUUCCUUCAGCGCCUCAGCGACACGGCCGGGGGGAUGCUGCUCGGCCUCAUCGCCUUCACCCUCUCCUUCUAUCUCCUCUUCACUAAUGAGGGUCGGGCGGUGCAGACGGCUGCCUCUCUGGAUGAGGGACUUUCAGUUGUGUUUCCUAUAGGGAAUAACCAAAGAGUCGAUCCUGUAAAUGAAGCAAAAUUGCUGCACUUGACUGGUCCUCUGCAGACAUCGAAGCCACUUUUUGACCCAAAUUACGGGGUUUCCAUGCACUGCGUGCAGCUGAGGCGCCAGGUGGAGAUGUACCAGUGGGUGGAGUACGAAGAGUCCAAGGAGUAUGAAGAAGGUGGAGAGAAGAAGACCGAGACGAGAUACACCUACAACACCGAAUGGCGGUCAGAGGUUGUCAGCAGCCGACAUUUUGACAGAGAGAUUGCCCAUCGGAACCCCAGUGCCAUGGCGGUAGAGUCGUACACAGCGGUGGCAGCGGACGUUCAGGUCGGAGGUUACUAUUUAUCUAAAGGGCUGAUUAAUAAGGUCGACAACUUCAAGCAGCUGAGUCUGUCCCAGAUCAGGAAUCCGCACGCUGAUGUCAUCGCCGGUGGGAAUUACUUCUAUCAGGGCGCCGACCCCAAGAACCCAGAGGUGGGGGAUUUGCGCAUUUCUUUCUGGUACGCCGGUGUUUCGAUGGGAGGCCCGACGUUCGGAUCGGUUGAUACGGUGAGCAUCAUCGCGCGGCAGCGAGGAGGAGAACUGGUGUCUUACAAGACCAAAUCCGGGGACCAGCUGGAGCUUCUGUACCUGGGGAGUCACACAGCAGAGGAAAUGUUCCAUGAAGAGCAUCAGAGCAACGCGAUGAAGACCUGGGCCCUGCGCGCCGCUGGCUGGCUGAUGAUGUUCGUAGGUGUGAGCCUCAUGAUAAAGAUCUUCCACACUUUAGUGGACUGGUUUCCCGUUGUCCGUGAUCUCGUCAGCCUGGGUCUCCAGCUGUUUGCUUUGUGCGUCUCCUCGUCCCUGUCUCUGCUGACCAUCGCCUCCGGCUGGCUGUUCUAUCGCCCGCUGAUAUCCCUUCUUCUGAGCGUUGCCGCCCUUGGCAUAAUCUUCCUGGCCCGAUCCCGCGUACCCGCCAAGAAAUACCAGUAGGGGCCCUUCCCUGCUCGGGUCCUGAAUGCGCUGGUGAUGACACUGGGGUCCACGAUGCAAUAAUCUCUCCAAUGUAACUUGUGUUUUUGAUUGUUUUCAUUGUCUUUUUAUGCAACUAUUGAAUAACUUUACACAUCUUGUACUCCAGUCACAUCCAGAGCAGCCUUUCGACCUCUUCUGGUCUCCUGCCACUUGGUCAUGCAGUAUCUACAAAGCACGCUUUAGUCAUUUUGGGAGCUGAGCUGUUACAGAGCACUGGGGAGUGGCAACCCUCAGAAUUCUGAAUGCUGCUUUGGAUGUGAUUGGAGUAUGACAUGUUGUAACUCCAGAUGAUUACAAGGUAUGUAAAGCAAAGUUAUUCUCUCCAGUUUUAAAGCUCAUAAGAAUG